GUAUCAAACCGCGCGUCGUACUAUACGCUGGCGUUCUAAAUUUAAACUCAAAGGCCAAUGUCUAUCUUCGAUGUUAUAAUUCCUUUGUGAUUUUAAUAUGAAGUAUAAACAGUUUUUAAUUAAUUAAUGUAUAAAUAAAAUUAUAUUAAGUUUUAUUUGUGUUUGUUGUGUUAUAUUGUAUGGAAUGACAAUAUUUUGUUGACUCCCACGCAUCUGUGAUAGUAUUUGUUUAAAUACAGACUGUAAAAAUUAUGAUUAUCUGUUGACUCUCGGUUGAAGCUUUCGGAUAAAUCAUCACAAAAUGAGUUUGCCAAUGCUUCGUCGCUGCUGUUUCUGUCUCUCCCUGGAGAGAGGAGGCAUCCUGCUGUGCAUUCUUUCAACCAUCAUCUGUAUAGCGGAUAUAAUAGUUGGUUCGUGGAGUCUACCGCGGCAUUUAGAGAGGAAGCAAGAGGACAAUCUUAUAUCGAUGACGUCGGUUAUGUUCGCAACUCUGUCUGCUAUAAGCAACAUCACCGCUCUGUUUGGAAUUAUAUUGCGUCGUCCGGGUUGGCUCCAGAUGUCCAUACUCUUCAAUUCUGUGUUCAUCCUGUGCUUGUUCCUGGUGGCGGUCGUCACCUGUAUCUUCAGCUACGAACUGCAGCCGUUCCUCGACUCACCUGGCAGCAUCGCACUCAUCGUCAUCACAAUCAUAGUGGGGGCUGCUUACUCCAUCUAUUAUCUGGUGGUCAUCAACAGUUUGUAUAGGAACAUGAAGAUUAUGUUCGGAGGCAGUUCCUUACCGAUGUGAAGGACCUUAUAAUAUAACGCAUUAGUACCUGCUUGUAAUAGUUUUAAUAAAAAGAAUCCCGGUGUUUCAUUACGCUGUAUAGAGCAUGCUUAGUACAAGUCCGUAUCGUCAUAAUACAUACGAAACGUACACCUUUUCUCAUUCAAUAACUUUAAUACUGUAUGUAUUUGUGAAUGACAAACUGUGAACGAUUCGUAUUUAGUGCGAAAAAUUAUGCUAAGGAUACGAAUUUUUUGCCAUAGCAUUAUCAUUCUUAUAAUUGAGAAUUUUUUGCAACGUGUAUAUUGUAUAUAAUUAGUAGGAAAUAAGUGUCUUUUCUACAGAUGUAUUUAUUAUCUGCGUGUAUUUUUAAAUAUUCAUUGUAUACCAAUAUUUUAUAAAACUAACAACGAAUGUUCAGCAUCAUUUAAAUUCAUUCAAAGUAUGUAUUUAUUUUAAAAUAAUAAGUAGGAUUUUUUUUGACUUGUCAAUGUCAAUGUCAUGUCAAAGUAGUUGAUAGAAUAACAUGAUGGAGCUUAAAGUAAAAAUCACUUACGUUACUCAAAGAAGUUGUAAAAAGUAAAUAAAAAAAUUUAAGUCAAAAGUAUUAUUAAAAAAAAUUACCAAGUCAAUAGUUGCCAUUUAAAAAAUAACUUUUUAAUAAUUUCUCCAAAAUCUCUACAAUGAGAAGUUGAGUUGUAAGAAAAUAUAUUUAAAAUGUUACCAAGAUUGACAGAAUAAAACAAUAUUUUUUUUAUCUAAUUUUAUUCGAAUAUCAUAUGCGUUUAACAAAGCUUUUUAAAAUCAAUACAAAAAUUGUAAAUAAUUACAUUUAAAGCGUUCACAAUUGAUCGAAAGUUAAAGGUCCGUUCACAUUAAGAAGUGUAAAUAUAUUCUACUGAAUUAUAUAGGAAUUUUUUACCAGCAUAUUAUACAUAAUGGCCCGCUGAUAAGAUAUACAAACAAACAAACAAACCUGUGAAAUAUACAAUACUAUGAUAUAAAAUAUAUAAUUAUUUGGACAUUAAA